UUGAAGAGUUCUAUUUGAAAGAAAAAAGGAGAAAGGGGGGAUGGUGGGGUGAGGAAAAAUUGGGAUACAGUAUAAAGUUUCUAGAAGAGGUGGGCUGACUGCUCUUUGGAAUAUUGAUGCCUACAAAUAUGAAUGUAUAAUUGGGCUUCUAGAAGUUUGGUGUCAUUACAUGCCCAUUCUUUUUAUUUGUUGUGUCCUAUCAAUUUCAUUUCAUUUCAUUUUAUAUCACCACUCACUUAUCUCAUGUUCCUUGUCUUCCUCCUCUAACAAAACCAAGAAACAAAAAUCUUUUUUUUUUAUUAUUUUUUUCCUUUUCUCUCUACUAUUUAUUGAGUUUUGUGUCCAAGAAUGUUUGUUAUUGGUACCUAAUUAGAGGAAAUGGUAGAAAUGAUGAUGAAUCAAGAAAGCAAUAGUAGUAACACUCUUAUUGAUGUGUCUUCUUUUAUGCUCUUUGAGGCUAGUGGGGAUUCUGAAUUUGAUUCUAAUUUUUGUAGUACAAGUCAUGAUGAUCCAGUGGAUUCAUUCGCUCUAAAUCCACCUUAUCAACGUUUUCUUGAAGAUGAUGAUGCACAAUCAUGCAGUUAUGAAUGUGGUGUUCAUAUUGAAGAUGAAGAUAUGGACUUGGAUUUCCAUAUUGAAAAUGAAGAUGAUGAUGAUGAUGUGAGAUCUUGGAGUUGUUCUGAUAAUUGUAAAAGUGUUGGUUGGAACAGUGAUAUGGAAGAGGAGGAGGAGGAGGAAGAUGAAGAUGACGUAGUUGAACAAGGUUGGAAUUUUGGUGUGAAUAGAUGUAAAAAAGCUAAAGUUGAUUCAGUUAUGGAAGAGUUGAAGUGCCAAAAGGACAAAGAUAGGCUAUUUUGGGAGACUUGUUUGGCCUCUUAAUUAUGGAGUAUUAAGAAUCUCAUCCAAAGUCGUCUUGCGGAGCUCUCAUCACUGCUUUCUUUCCCCCUCUCUGUCUUAUUGUUUUUUGGCUUUUGGGCUUUUUGUUACACAUAAAGAAAGUUAUUAUAUCAAGUGUAUAUAUAUAGAAAUGAAAGGUAAUUUGAAUGGAAAUGGUUUCUUUCA